CAGGUGCCGACAGGUGCGGGCCAGAGGCCGGCCUCCCUCCCUCCAGCCCGCUGCGGUCUGCAGCUUUGGAACCACCAGACCAGGGACCCGUAGCGCGGGAAGCGCUUUCUCUUUCCUCGUCCUCUGUUUCCGGACGUGGCGUGCUUUUAUUGUGACAGUCUCAGAGCGGAUGUGUGCUUGCCGUGGAGCCGUCGGCCCUCCCCGGUGAAUCCGCACAUCCUCAGUGAGUGAGAGGCCCGCCGAUCGGUCGACAUGUCCCGCUACAGCCGGGAGAUCCUGCUGGCCACCAGCUUCCUGUGCGGCAGCAGAGGAGCCAUGCAGCUGCUGGAGCUGUACCGGAAGCUGCUGCAGCGCUGCGACAUCACCGAGGAACAGUUCUGCCUGAUCGUGCGGCAGUGUCCCCGCUUCCUGCUGGUCCGCGCCCCGGCGGGGGACGGCGGGGAGCGGCCGGAGGACUGCACGGUGGUGGCGAAGACGUCGCUGCGGCUGUGCAGGAGCUACGGGCGGGAGGAGCAGUGCGGGGAGUGCCAGCAGCUGCACCUCUGCAAAUUCUUCAUCUACGGAAACUGCAGGUUCGGCAAGGGCAGGAAACCGUGUAAAUUCUCCCACGACAUUCGAUCAGGUCACAACUAUCGAUUACUGAGAGAGUGCACGCUUCACGAGCUGGACGAGGACGACCUGUUCCUGCUGCUGCUGCAGAACGACCCCGCGCUGCUGCCGGAGGUGUGUUUGCACUAUAACAAAGGCUCCGGUCCUCACGGCUGCUGCACCUUCCAGAGCGCCUGCACCAAAGUUCACCUGUGUCAGCACUUCGUUCAGGGCGACUGCAUGUUCGGGGCCAAGUGCAAACGCCAACACGCCAUCGACGAUCACGGCCGCCGCAUGCUGGAGGACAGGGGGCUGAGCGGCGACAUCAUCCACAAUCUGCCCUUCAUCUACAGGAACAUCCACCACCUGACCGCUGCUCCUGCCGCCACCUCACCCACGGAGAAUAUUCCGGAUGCUUUCUGUAAACCUGCUGCUCAGACAGACGAGACGGACGACAUCUGUCUGCACUUCAUCAGAAACAGCUGCAAGUUUCACAACGAGUGCCGCCGAGUUCACUUCCACCUGCCCUACAAGUGGGAGGUGUUUGACGGCAUCAACUGGACGGACCUGCAGCACACGGAGGACAUCGAGCGAGAUUUCUGCGACCCCUCUAAGACACAGAGCUCCGGCGAUCGGCCCGUCGACUUCUUGACGAUGACUCGGGAGUCGCAGCGUGUUCGCCGUCUCUCCACAGUUUCCUCAGUAACAAAGCCACCUCACUACAUGCUGACCACGGGGUGGCGGUGGUACUACAGGGGGGACCAGGGAAAGUGGGUGGAGUACGGACAGCCGGACGACAAGAAUCGCACCACAUCGGUGACGUCCAGGACUCUGGAGGAGGCGUUUCUGUCUGACAGAACGGCUGAGGUCAGAGUGGUGAAAGGCCUGAGGGAGUACGUCAUCAGCUUCAAAGACAUGUACCAGAGGAACCCCAAACACAACACCAAGAGGAAAGUCCGGCGCCGUCCUCACUUCGUCUCUGUGGCCGAGGUGGAGAAACAAACGGCUCAGUAGAAAAACCACGAACUGGUGUGGUCCUGGCUGACUUGACUGGACCUGAAUGAGUGCCUUAUCUGGGCUUAGCACUUAUGGAUUCGUUCCUUGUCUAAGCCGUCACUCCACUGUUUGCUUCAAGUCACUCUGGGACUUUCUCUCCUACUGUUACAUGGACGCUUCUGUUACGGUAGAUCUGAUGGAUUUUGAGGCGUUGACGGUCUGUCAGUCAGUCAGUCCUCCACUUUGGUUCAGACUAAAGUAUCUCAACAACUUUCACCUCCUGACGACUUGGGUGAUGACCUGACUUAAAACCUUGAGUCCUUUCACCAGAGGUUUUCAAACCUUGAGGCGCAAGGGGAGACGUGAAGCGUGAGCCGCAGUUUGCGUCCAAAUGAAGACUUCUCGAUGUGACUUCCGCUUCCUGAGGAUAUUAUUAUCCCUGCUAACAGCUAAUUCAGCUACUUUUAAUGGGCAGUUUGACUAAAUGCAAACAGAUAUAGGCUUUAUGUAAUAUAUGCAACUUCCCACAUCCCAAGGUGACGUCUUCACUCGUCUUGUUUUGUCCGACCAACAGUACAAGCUGCAAAUGGAGAAUCUUUGGUGUUUCAAUGCACAUUAAUCAACAUUGACUCUUAUUAACAAAAUCAGUGUAACUUCAUCUUUCAUUCAAUGUUCAUUUUAUCAAAGACAAACUGGCAAAAAGACACAAACUUUAUAUUGGUUAUAUUUACUUUAUGACUUAAGUUAAACAGCAAUGAAUUUGUUAGCUGACAAAAAAUGGAAAAUUUUUACCAGUGUAAACCUGAAGGCCAUGAGAAACAAAAUUAUUGGAUAAACAAUAAUAUAAGUUUGUGUUUUAAAAAAAAACACAUCGUCCUUAUCUAAACGUGAAGGGAACCACAACACGUACUGCCGAAGACCAGUUCUGUUCGAAGACCUCAGGAGCUGGAGGUUCCGGUUUCACUUCAGUUCACAUCGCUAAAAACGACACAGUGUGCCACAAAAAUAUCUGAUGUCACUGAAAACACCAAGACCGUUUCAAAAUGUUAGAAGCUGAGAAAAAAACCUGUUUCAUUUUUCAUUUCUAUGUGUCAAAAUAGGAUUUUAGUGUUUAUAUUGACUAGUAAAUGUUACUUGGACGGCAGAAGUCAGAUGCAUUAAAUAGCUUUAUAUUUUUAGUUUAUUCACAUGUUUGCUACGUUUUUUUUCUUUGAUAAAAUAGAAAAGCUUCUGUUUUUAAUUUAAACUAUAACCCACAGAUAUCCGGGACCUUGGUGUGUGGACUAUUUACUUUGUAUUGUAGUGGUUAUUUUCUGAAUGUAGCCGUUUGUAGCUCGGUCACCGUUUAUUCAGGCUGGUGUUUGGUUCGUUUUCAUCAAGCGUUUUAUCCAUUCAAUCACUCAUUUGUUUGUGGUGCUGGUUUAAUAUCCAUGUGCACAUAUUUAGCCGUUAGUGUGUGGUUUCAUUUCAACUUGGCAGCACUUUCCACUGCUGGAAAAUAAAGUGAGGCUGUGUAAAUGUUGUAAAUUUAUCUUUCAUAAUGAUAUUUGGAUAAGAAGAAACGUCUUGGCAGCUUCUCAGAUAAUCUAUUAGUUACAGCAAGAAACGACUUGGCCUGUAACUCCACGCUGCACACCGACACAAGCAAAACAACAUACAUGUAUGCCGUCUGUAUUACAUACUAAUCAUCCCACUGUUUUAAUUACACAAGAAUAUCAACUUUACUCUAAUACAAUCCGAAUAUUAUACAACAUGUACAACCUUUCAAUGUCACUGCC